UUUAAUGAAUUUAAUGAAUUAUUAAGUUAUUGUUAAUUUUUAUACAUAUUUUUAAUAACGAAAAAUGUCACGAAAAUCAAUUAAUGAAAUGGUUGCAAAACAUGAUGAUAAGACUCGUGCCCUUAUCGAAUCGGCUUAUUCACCACUUCGUAGAAGUUCAAGAAUUAAACAAAACCUUAAAAAAAAUGAUUCUUCACCUGAAUUGUCUCUAACUGAUGUUAAUAAUACACAAACUCCAAGAAAACAAAUAACUACUAUCAACAAUACUAUUUCCAUUGAAAAUCAAAGAAACUUACGUUCUAGGACAAAUACUAUAUCAUCAGAUAUUAAAAUCCUAGAAACAGAUAUUGAUACACCAACAAGAAAAACUAAAAGUAAUACUUCUAAUAAUAAUAAAAUGACAGAUAGUCGCAGAAGGUAUAUGUAAUAAUGAAUCAUUUGUACAAUUAAAUUUUGUUUCACUUAUUCAUUAUAAUUUUUUUUUUUUUUUAGUUAAACAUUUUAUAAGAGUUGAAUCACCAUUAUUAGCAAGAAACACACGUAAUAUAAGAGCUAGAUCUGUGGGACUUGAAAAUACAUCUGAUAAACUAACAGAAAAACAAAACAGUGAAUUAAUAAAAACAUCUAUUAAAACAAAAAGACAAUCUUUACUAAUACCUUCAGAAAUAACUGUUACAGAAGAGAAAGAAGAAUCAAUGAAACUUUCUAGAAUAACUUUAAAUAAACUUACACAAAAAAAUGAUUUGCCAACAAAUAAAUGUGACUCAAGUAAUAACAGUAUAUAUGAAAAGCAUUUAAAUAACAUUGAUACUACUGAUUUUGUUGAAGAAAUAUUUGAUGAAAAAAAGCAACCAGAGAAAGAAUCUGUGCAAAAUGAAUCUAAUGAUUCAAUAAUGUUAAUAAAACAAUGUACAAAUGAAUUAAAAUCAAAAGAAAAAUAUCCAGAUAAUAGAACAAUAAUUAAAGAAUAUCAAGAAAAAUUUGAAGUUGAUGAUGACUCUAAUACUAAUUUAGCAAAUUUAUUUCAAGACGUUUCAGUUAUUGAAUGGAAAGAGAAAAAUAAUAAAAUUGAUAAAAAUUCUUUAAAUUUAUCAAAUGAAAAUAUAAAAAAUGAAAAAGAGGGUAAAUGCGAUCUUGUUUUAGCCGAUAAAGAAGCAUGGUUAUCUGCAGAAAAAUUGAAGAAAAAUGAAAAAAAAACAUUUGAUUAUGAUUCAGAUGAUACUAUCAUAUUGAAAGUACAAAAAAAUUUCAUGAAAGUAGAAAAUGAUACAGAUAUAUUAAUGGAUAUAUCAGAAGAUAAAUAUAAAUUAAAUGAUAGCAAAAAUAAAUAUUCUACUAGCAAUAAACAACAAAGUGUAAAAGAUAAAAAUAAAAAGAAAAAAGAAUAAAAAGUGAUAUAGAAGAUGCAGAAGAAGAUAUAAAAUUACAAAAUAAACGCCUAUCAGAUCGAAAAUCAUUGAGAGAUAAAACAAGAAAAAAAUUGAAAAAAAAUUAUUCAACAACGAGUAAUGUUUCAUCGGACUCUGAAAGAAGUAAAGAUAUUUCUGAUUCAGAUGAUACA